AUGCCUACACACUUAAGCAAGACUCGCAAGCAUCGCGGACAUGUUUCGGCUGGUCACGGAAGAGUAGGAAAACAUCGCAAGCAUCCCGGUGGAAGAGGUCUUGCUGGUGGACAACAUCAUCACCGAACAAAUAUGGACAAGUACCAUCCUGGAUACUUCGGAAAGGUUGGUAUGCGAUAUUUUCACAAGCAAGGCAACCAUUUUUGGAAGCCUGUGUUGAAUCUCGAAAAGCUGUGGUCUUUGAUCCCUGUUGAAAAGCGAGACGCAUAUCUCUCAUCUACAAACCCAGAUGUAAUCCCAGUCAUCGACUUAUUACCACUUGGAUAUUCCAAGGUCCUCGGAAAGGGCCGCAUCCCUAAAGUUCCCCUUGUCGUACGCGCCCGCUGGUUUAGUAAGGAAGCCGAACGGAAAAUAACUGAAGCUGGUGGCGUAGUUGAGUUGGUAGCGUAG